CGCCCGCCGGGCGGCCCCGGCGCUGCCCGGCACGCUGUCCGCGCCGUUUCCUGCUCGCCCGGCCGCCAGUGAGGGAGCGGGCGCGAAGGAGGCGUUCCGCGGAGUCGGGUCCCUCGGACAGCGGCUGCAGAGCGAAGGCGGGAGGCAAAAGGGAGCCGGUGGUGCUCAGGCACGAUCGCGGGCAGCCGCGGGUCCCCGCGAGGCGCGGCGCGGAGGCGGGGCCUGCUGCGGGCAGGGACGUGGCCGGAGCCGCCGUCUGAGGAGCGUCGGCGAGACCGGGCUGUGUCGUGUCGUGUUGUGUUGCGCCGCCCGCCCGAGCCAGCGCCCCUGUCGCCAUGCCCGGGCCCAACCCCAGCGCGACCAGCGUUGGCUCCUCCGGCCGUUCCCCCAGCAAGGCCGUGGCCCCCCGCGCGGCGGGCUCCACCGUCCGGCAGAGGAAGAAUGCCAGCUGUGGAACAAGAAGUGCAGGCCGUGCUACUUCCACAGGUACUGGUGGGAUGUGGCGAUUCUACACGGAAGACUCUCCAGGGCUCAAAGUUGGACCUGUUCCAGUUUUGGUCAUGAGUCUUCUUUUUAUUGCUUCUGUGUUUAUGCUGCACAUCUGGGGUAAAUACACUCGUUCAUAGACUCAGCUGCCAACUUAAAGCGUACAACUUGGACCAAAAAUAUGGUGAAUCCUGGUUGUUCUUGGAGAGAGACUGGGGAAGCUUCUUAUCACCUGUUGAAGUCCUGUCAAGUUUGGCUGUAAUACUGAAUUAAUUUCUCAGUUUGCUAUUUGGACAGCUUUAAAGUCUGUCAUGGGUCAUUUUAUAUUUGUAUCUACAAUUAGAAUACAGGUAUUGCAAUAAAAGUUGUGUAUUGAAAUAGAAA